UUGAGAAUGUCUAAACAGCCUCUCUGGCUGAAAGUAAGCAGGGAAUCAUUAUACAGACUCCUGGAGCAGUAUCUUCUCUACAAGGUGUGCAUGGGAUCUCUGUGAAGCCCCCAUGCCCUCUUCCUUUCAUUUUGGGAUUAUUUGGGGUAUUCUUUAACUGUGAGAGCCCUCAAAAUGCUCCCCAGCCCUGUUACUUCUACACCCUUUUCAGUUAAGGAUAUUUUGAGGCUGGAGCAGACUGUGCAUCCUGAAGGCCAGGUGGAGGCACGUGUGGUUUUUCCUCCCCUCUCAGAACCUAUUGUACCCAAGGGGAACACUCGGAACCAUGAUCGAGAGGAGAGAGGGGAGAGUGGGGGGCAAGGGACCCAGAGACCCCCCUGUGAAUCACCUGUGAGAGAAUGUUCGGAUCGUAACCAGGAGCAAAGGCAGAGUGUGGGUGCAGUGAGGAGAAUGGAGCCCCCUGAUCGCGCCCAGCAGAGGCAGAGGAGGAAGCCCAGGGUCCUGUUCUCACAGCUCCAGGUGUAUGAGCUGGAGAGGAGAUUUAAAGAGCAGAGAUAUCUAUCGGCCCCGGAGAGGGAGCAACUGGCAGCCAUCCUCAAACUCACAUCCACACAAGUCAAGAUCUGGUUCCAGAAUAGACGAUAUAAAUGCAAAAGACAGAAACAGGACAGGUCCCUGGAACUGGCAAGCCACCCACCACCACCACCACGCAGGGUGGCAGUGCCAGUCCUGGUAAGGGAUGGCAAACCAUGCAUCGCAAGCUCCCAGACUUUAACUGGCCCAUAUAAUGCCACCGGCAACCCGUACACCUACCCUGUCUGUUAUGGUACCUACAGCAAUGCUGGCUAUUACUCAGGGGCCUCUGCUGUGCCAGGCAGUAUCACCCCUCAGCUGUUCAAUAUGAAUAUCUCAGCUGUGCCAAACAGUGCCCAGCAAGGACACAUACAGGCUGCACUGCAGGGAAUUAGAGCUUGGUGACAUUGACAUUAAUCUGUGAUACAUGUAGAUACACUGAAAGAUCAGAUGUCCAGGACUGUGAGAUUUCUCAUCUAAGGACACAGAAGGAAAUUAACUCACACCUUAUCAGCAGAGGACACUGUGUCAAAUUCAAUUACAGAGAUAUCAUUCAUUUCUACUUUUUCU